AAGUACCAAAAAAAAUCUAUGGUAAAGGUGCUUUGAUUGAGGUUGGAUUGUUCUGAAAAAUAAGAUCUUAAACGCUUCCUAGUUCGUACAGAACUAUACUAGUACGAUAAUUUAUUUACCAAAAAAAAUCGUUUUUCAAAUUAAAUCCAUAUUGUCUAUAACAUGCUUAUGGAUUUGACCGAUGAAUUAGAAUUAAGCGAUAGCGGAAUGGAGUCUUUGACUACGAGCAAAGAUGAUACCCCUGAAAGAAGGCCUGAACAAUAUUUCAUAACCCCCUCGGUGGGGUCAUCGCCCACUGCUGGAUCUCCUAGUGGACCUUUGAAAGAGUACGACGAUGAACCAGAUGAAACUCUUUCUGAAAGAUUGUGGGGUCUGACCGAAAUGUUCCCAGAGUGUGUAAGGAAUGGCACAUACACAGUUACAACAAAUACAUGGUCUGGUAUCAAAGGCCUGUAUGGUCUAUCACGCUCAGUAAUGUGGGUUGUUGCCAGUUCAUCGGUAAUAUUGUUUGCUCCUGUCAUAUUUGAGGUAGAAAGAGCUCAAGUAGCCGAAAUGGAAAAGUCACAACAAAAACAGGUGUUAUUAGGGACAAACACAGCUAUGGCAGGACCCAUGCCUGCGAUGCCACCAAUGCCACGAUAAAUUACGUUUAUCUCACAGAAUAAGCAAUCAUUUACAUAUUGACUUAUCUCAUGUUAAACACAAUAAUGUUGUUCAGCAUUCAUAUCAAAAUAAAGUGAUUUUAGAAUUUUAAUGAAUAAUAUGCAUUAGAAAAAUAAAAGUUAACUAAACUUUUUGUAUUAUUUGGUAUUAAAUAAAUCAACUAAUAUUCAAACAAUGCCCAUAAUAUCACAUAUGUAAGGAUUUAUGUGUGAUUUUUUUCACUUUGUUUUUAUUCAUACAGAAAUACCAAAUGAAUAUAUUCCUUUUAUUCUCUCAUGAACUUUGGGUCACAUUAAUUUAUGAAUGCUGAAUGACUAAUUUGCAUGCUUUAAUCAAUAAUUUUAGUGUAUUAGUCUAAAUAAAUAUGUACCUAUAAAAUUCUAGUUCAUUUCAUUUGACAAAAUAAGUACUGAUGUUUAAUUAAAUGCAUUUAAUCUAUUGUAUUGAAUUUGUUUUCAGUUCUUGCUGUUUAAUUUCUAUAAUUCUAUAUGUAGGAAUAUCGAAUAUUUGCAUUCUCCUGUGUUUUAUGUUAAUGGGUGUUGAUAAUAAUAAACUAUAUGUAGGAGUGUCACUGGUCUUUAAAUAGAUAUUGCUUAAUCACAGGUUAUUAUUUUGUGAAUGUAGAUAAUGCUUUGUUAUUGAAAUAGAAGUUGUUACUAGUUGUA